AUGGAUCUUGGAAAAGGAUACGUCAACGACGGAUUGCCUCAUCUCUGCACCUACAACGCCAGGACAGUCUCCACCAACGCCGAUCUUCACGCGCUUCUCGAAGCUGCAGGGCCCAUCAACUACAACGUAAUCGCCUUGCAGGAAAGUCCAGGAAGAAGGACGUGAGG